UAAAAUGAAAACAUCAAAAAAGUUGCAAAAAGUGAGAGGAGUAGUGAAGACGAAGUAGAAGUAGAGUAGAAGCGACGGUGGGUGUACACGGUGAUAUCGAUCUCGUUAAUUGAUUCUGAUAGUUUCGUUCUGUACUAUUAUCCAUGGCGACGGAGCGUCCUUCUUUUGAGCUCGCCAAAGGCAUCAAUGGCCUCGACAAAAUCAUCCUACGCGAGUCUCGCAACCGCUCCGCCGAGGUAUACUUGUAUGGAGGACAUGUGACUUCUUGGAAGAAUGAGAAUGGAGAAGAGUUACUUCACCUCAGUAGCAAGGCUAUAUUCAAGCCUCCAAAACCAAUCCGUGGAGGGAUUCCACUAUGCUUUCCACAAUUCAGUAACUUUGGCACACUCGAAUCACAUGGAUUCGCUAGAAACAGGAUCUGGGAAGUCGAUGCUAGCCCACCUCCUUUGCCAACGAAUUCUUCUUCUAAUGCUUACGUUGACCUGAUCCUAAGGCCAAGUGAAGAUGAUCUGAAGGCAUGGCCUCACAAUUUUGAGUUCCGGAUGAGAGUAGCCUUGGGGUCUGAAGGAGAACUGACACUGACAUCCCGUAUCAGGAACACCAACUCUGAUGGAAAGCCGUUUACAUUCACAUUUGCUUAUCACACCUAUUUCUCUGUCUCGGACAUCAGUGAAGUACGGGUUGAAGGGUUGGAGACGCUGGAUUAUCUAGACAACUUGACGAACAGAGAACGUUUUACGGAACAAGGUGAUGCUAUAACUUUUGAAUCCGAAACUGACAAGAUCUACCUGAGCACUCCUGCGAAGAUCGCUAUUUUGGACCACGAGAAGAAGAGGACGUUCGUUGUUCGCAAAGACGGACUUGCUGAUGCCGUGGUGUGGAAUCCAUGGGAUAAGAGGUCAAAGACGAUAUCAGACUUGGGAGAUGAAGACUAUAAGCAUAUGCUUUGUGUUGAAGCUGCAGCUAUCGAAAGGCCGAUCACAUUGAAACCGGGUGAAGAAUGGAAAGGAAGACUCGAGCUCUCUGCGGUUCCUUCCAGUUACUCCAGUGGACAGCUUGACCCCAAGAAAGUCCUCGAGUGAUACUCCUCCCUUUCUCGUACAGUACUAUGAAGAAAUGAGUGAAGCGUGGUGUGAAGAUGUUCAUCGGGUUAUUAUACUAUAGAAAGAAACUGAGUUCGAAUAAAAAAUCUCGAUUUGUAGAUCGAAGACGAGAGACUUGCACUCGUUAAAGUAUUGUGGUUUCAUUAUAUUUAAAGGUACAUUUGACCA